CUAAAACCAAUACUAACUAUACUUUUACUAAAAGUGAUAUUUAUAAUAUAGCGCUAACUCAAUUAGAAUCUAUAUUACUUAAAAAUGGAACAACGCUUGCAAAUUUUCUAUCAAUGCUAAUUCCUACUCCACUUUCUGAACCUCCUUUAUACCAAAAUCAUCUACUUAAUGCUGAACUUCAAUAUGAUGUUGAACUUCUUGAAAAUAGAAUGACGAAAUUGAAUAUUUAA